CAGCGAGGAGGAGGCGGCGGAGAGCCGGGCCGGGGCGGCGGCAGCGGAUCGGGAGGCGGCGGGCCGCCGGCGGGAUGGCCUUGGUGCCCUACGAGGAAGGGGGCGGCUGGGGAGCGCGGCAGCUGCACAGCCCCUGGGCCACCUACCGCUUCGCCGGCAGCACCAUCCGCCUGCGGCAGGACUGGCGGCGGCUGGGGGUGGCGGCCGUGGUCUGGGAUGCGGCUGUCGUCCUGUGUGCUUAUCUGGAGAUAGGAGGCAUUGAUCUCAGGGAUCGGUCUGUGAUUGAGUUGGGAGCUGGAACCGGAUUGCUGGGAAUAGUGGCCACGUUAUUAGAUGCUGUAUUUAUGGACAUUGAUUAUUUGCCUGAGACAUACUCUCCUGUUCCACUCAGGUGCUCAUGUUACCAUCACAGACAGGGCGGCAGCACUGGAGUUCCUGGAGUCAAAUGUACAGGCUAACUUACCUUCCGAACUACGUCCGAGAGCUGUGGUGAAGGAACUGACUUGGGGAAAAGACCUGGGUAAUUUCCCUCCAGGAGCAUUUGACUUCAUCCUGGGUGCAGACAUCGUUUAUCUGGAAGAAACUUUUGCAGAACUGCUUCAGACCCUGGAGCACCUGUGCUCAGAGCAAACUGUGAUUCUUCUCUCCUGUCGUAUCCGGUAUGAACGGGAUCACAAAUUCUUGAAGAUGCUGAGAGGCCGUUUCUCUGUAUAUGAGGUCCACUAUGAUUCCAGUAAGGAUGUUCAUAUCUACAAAGCACAGAGGGGUAGUCGCAAGGAUGACUUUUGACUGUGUGCUUUGUUAGUAAACCACUGAUGCUGUUCAAUCCUCCCCUUGUUUCUACUCAAUACACUUGUUCCUAAGCAUAUAAUUGCAGUUGUGUUAUUUCCCUGGCUUCUUGUUCUGAUGGUCUUGUCUGAUCACUUGGUCUGAUACAGCAAGGAUUGUACUUCCGUUCUGCAUACUGAACCUCUGCUGCAUUUCUCAGUAGAGUUUCUCAGAGGUUUUCCACUGACUUUUUAUCAACUGUAAUUUUUUAAACUGAUUUAAAUUGCAGAAAUCUCCAGGCAUCAAAACUGUCAUCAAAAGAUCUGUUGUUUAAAAUCAAGCCACACUGAAUUUCUGUGGGAAACAGAAAUAGAUCAGAGUGAGUUCCUUCCCUCCUUAUUGCUCCUUAACUCUAGUAAAGUAAAAGUAGAUGAAAUAUAA